AUGAGUUUCACUCUACCUCGAUUCAAGCUGGGAAAGAGCGCCAAAAAGAAGACAGACCGUGACGGCAACGGAUCUGCAUCUCAUGACGGGAAACAUCAUUCUAUCGACGUGCUCCUGCACCACGACCUUAAGCAACUGAGCAAACUCAGGGCCGAGCAACUAGAAGGGUAUUCCAAAGAAGACCUUGAAUCCCUCCCACUGGACCGACGUCAAGUCCUCCCUGCCGAAGUCCUCUCCACACUAAACCCCCGAGCUCUAAAUCAACUACCAGGCAAAACCAUCGCCAAACUGUCUACUGCUGCACAGAUCACACUUUCUCCAUGGACUCUGGCUAGAAUACCCAUAAGUAGCCUGGCUACGAUCGAUUUAGAGGUCCUCUUUUGCGCCUUGCCCGUCCUUGGUUCGGAUGAUCUUCGUGUACUGAAGAAGGCCAUCCACCGAAUCGGCCACGAUAAGCUGAGGCAACUUCCACCUGAUGUGAUCAGAAGACUGCCGUUUGAGCUGCCGUCUGAGCCACUGCAACUUCCACUUCAAUGGCGGGAGUCUUCCAUGAUCUCGCCCGAGAAGUCAUUACCGCCUGAUCCGCCCCAGACCUCGACACAUAGCCUUGGAGUGCCAUCUGAAUACCUCUAUUCGGAUGCCCGCCAUGAUCAACCAAGCUAUGAGCAGCCAAGUGUGGUGCCCUCCAAUGCUCACUACAACCCUGCCAAUGUCGACACAUCGAUCUUCACAAGUCCGCCGUCUCCAGCUCAUACAGUUCCCGGGCGAAGCAGCCCAAAUACUGUCAGGUCAUCUGCCACUGUACAAGCAACGGCAUACCCUCCAAGAGCCUCGGAUCACAGGCUAUCGUAUGCACCGAGAAGGAACAGUAGUGUUUCCAGAGGGUCACAUAUUCGGGCACGCUCAUCCAGCCGCGGUCCUAGACCGGAUCGAAAUCAGGAGUACCAGGCCUAUACACCAGGUUCGGUGAAAUUCGCCGAGCUUAGCCCCAUCGAGUUCGCAGACCUCUCUAGAGAUGUCUCUGAGCUGGGACCCUCAACACCACCGCCAAGAUCGAGCUCUCGCCUCGAUAGUCUUUCCGUUUCAGAGCAUAUCAAGCGAGCAGAGAGUUGGAAUGACAAACCUCAAGAGUUCCCGCGAACAGAGACUCCAAAGGAAUCUCGAGAGAUCAUUCCCAAAGAAGAUUCCAGAUCCAUGUCUCCAACCUCGACCUCAGCCUCAUCAAGCCCAGACGUAGCCUCUUUUGCCAAACGCAAGCUUCGGGCUGCUCAGGGAAACAUAUCAUCGAGUGCAAAUGAUGACGCCGACCCAAAUUACAAACACCAAGUAAUCCAGGAUCAUACAAUCAGCGAGCUCAAAGCGGAAAACAAAAGGCUUCAUGACCAGCUUAUCGAUGCCAAAGCCGACCACAAAGCGCUCCUGAAUCGUCUGACCAAGUACCUUGACGACAAAUGCCAUAGUAAAAGGCACACAGGCGACCCCAUCGGCGUGGUAAUUGCUUACUGCGAGGAGCUCUGCAAAGAGCGUAGAAAGAUUGCCAAAGAAAACAAGGACUGGGAAGAUACUUAUCUGCGUGAAAAGAUGCAUCGCCAGGAGGUGGAGGAUCUAGUCGACGAGAAGUCUGGGCAGUUGCGGGCUGCUGAAGAUGACCUCCUUGGUCUGCAAAGCAAAGUUAAGGAGUACAGCCGGAGAGCCAGCGAGCUUGAAGCCCGAGAAAGCUCCCUCCGCAACGACCUCAGCCGUCUCGAGCGCGAAAAUAAGGAGCUCCAUAAGCGCUGCGAGAACCAAAAGGAACUUUCCGAUGCUGCCAUCAAGAGGAUCCAGCGGGAGAGCGACCAGACCGCAGCGGAUCAUGUUUCCCAACUGCGCGCCCAAAAAGAAGGAUACGCCAAGACGAUGCAAGACCAACGGAUGUACUAUGAGGGCCAAGUCAAGUCCCUUCACCACCAACUCGCCGACCAGACCCAAUCCCACGAGACGCAGCUAGCCCAGGCGACCAAAGACUUGCAAGACGCCAUCACCAACCUCCGCUCGCAGCACACCGAGGAACUCAACCGCAUGGAAAGCGCCUUUAGCGAGCAAGUCGCUGGCCUCCAGACCGCCCAUAGCCAGCAGAUUGCUGCGCAGCAGAAAAAGCACGAGCAGGAUAUCCAGCGCUUGAACAAGAAACACGCGCGCAACGUCGUUGAUCUUCGAGAAAAGGUGCAGAGCUUGGAGAACGACUUAGUCGGAAACAACGAUGAUUUCCGUCCUGCCACUGACGACAGUCUGAAGAUCCAAUAUCGCCAGUUGAAGCUGUGUAUCGAUAUGGUGACUGAGCCCAUCAACUUGGGCAUCACCGGGGUACCGCGGAACCUGGGGAAGCUGGAUCCGACGAGGUUCUUGGAGAGGGAGGGCAAGAAUCAGUUGCGUUUCUUGCUGAGGAGCGUGGUCUGGCAGAAAAUUGUCGAGGGUUUCUUUUCCGAGCCGUUUGGGUUUGGGGCGUUGGGGAACGGAGAAGGAAGGGAGGUGUUGAGGGGGGUGGUGGAGGGGUGGAGGGGGUUGUGUGGUUAUGAUGACAGGUCUUUGUCGAAUGGAAAGAUGGCAUCCCGAUCGACAACAACAGAUACUGACCUCCUCACCCCUUUCUUCCAUUCCCGCGAAGCCAACAAAUGGCGCUCCGCCACCUUCCAGUCCAUUCUUAUGACCGUGGCCCCUCCUUCCUCCAUGUCCGGCAGCACCCGAAAAGGCCAACAAGCAGGAGCACCCAGCCCUAGGGGCACCCCUGGACCUCCAGAGCAUCCCACUGCCACACCUUACUAUACCAACAUCAACCAAGUCCAAUCGCAAAUCGUUGCCCUUCUCUCUUCCAUUUGCUCCGAACCCUUGUCAUCCGAGGUCCAAUCCAAGGUAUCCGAGCUGGCCCGCCAAGCCGGAGAAUUGGCCCUCCAAUUCGGAGCCCAACGGGCGCAGCUGGGGUUGGAGGUGCCCAAGAGGGGAGAGCAAGUGAAGAUUGGCACAGAGUCGGGGUGGGUGGAUUGCGAAGACGGGGAUUCUUUCGGCGGGAGAAGGGGGGUGGAGGUGGAGGUUGACUUGUGUGUGAGCCCGAAGGUGUAUAGAGUGGGGGAUAUGGACGGGAGGAACAUUGGAGAUAAGAAGACGGCAAAGGUGAAGGCAAUUGUUGCUGGUGAGGUUUAUCCUAGGCGAUCGUAG